GUAGUAGUCUACUGUGUUCUGCCGCUGCAGUGGUCUGGGCACUCUGCAGCUGCAAUCAGUGUUUCUUCAAAUCUCUCUACUUUAGAGUAUACAAGAAGUUGUUCUCUGGUCAGCACCUGUCGUAACAGCUCACCAGAGUCAUCAUGUAUAACCGACGCAUGUUGGCGUAUCUGCUGGCUUUCGCGCUGGUGUUCGCGCGCACCGCGUGUGGUGUACCCACCGCCAGAAGUGACAUCACCGACAACGACAGCGACAUGCCGGGCCAGCCAGCCGCCGAGACCCGCGGGCACCUCUUCCCGUAUCCGGGGCAGAACAUCGUCGUGAACUGCGGCGCCGACAGACCGUCCCAGGACGAGUGGGAUCAGCUUAAAGACAAACUCGAUCAACUCACCAUCGCGGUCAACAGCUGCCGUGCAUCUGGCGGGGAGGACCCGGAAGUCCCCCACCCACGUGACUGUCAGGACAUCCUUGACAACGACGAGACCACGCCCAGCGGCGUGUACACGGUGUACCCGCGGGACGGGAUAGGGGGCGUCAUGGUCUACUGUGACAACGACAUAGACGGCGGCGGCUGGACGGUGUUCCAGAAGCGCCAGGACGGCAGCGUGGACUUCUACCGGGGCUGGCGGGAGUACCAGGCCGGCUUCCCGUCCAACCUGAACGGAGAGUUCUGGUUAGGGCUGGACAAGCUGUACCGACUGACCGUGCAGAAAACCUACCAGCUGCGGGUGGACAUGUGGGACGCCGAGGGGAACACCAGGUACGCGGCCUACAGCACGUUUGCCAUCUCACCCGAGUCACAGAACUACAAGCUUCACAUCGGAACCUACAGCGGGAACGCAGGGGAUUCCCUGGCUUACCACAACGAGCACCCGUUCAGCACCAAGGACAGGGACAACGACGCGUAUGCACCAACAAACUGUGCCCAGUCCUACAAAGGCGCAUGGUGGUACAACGAAUGUCACUACUCCAACCUGAACGGCCAGUACCACCUGGGUGCCCAUAGCAGCUACGCCGACGGUGUGAACUGGAGGGGGUGGAAGGGCAAUAACUACUCCCUGAAACGCACUGAGAUGAAGUUCAGGCCCAUAGCUUAAAUGUCAGAUAACAUGAACGUAUUCAAACUUUGUACCCUUCUCUGUGUGUAUUCAUCGGCUCGUCGAUGUUGGUCACCUACCCCCAAAGAAGGGUGUUCUCUAGAAUUCUUAGAAUAUAACGCCUGUUCAACACAGAUGCCAUUACUUAGAACUUGAGUAAAAGAAAAGAGCAUUUAAAGUAUAUCAUGUUGUACGGUUGUGAAAUUGGGGGCAAGGAUUAUCUGAAAUUUGGGGCAAGGAUUAUCUGAAUGAUAACUGUCCUGUUGAAAUAAUCCAGAACAGAUUCUGUAAAAUAUUCUUGGAGUACAAAGAAGUUCCCUGAAACGCAUUGAGAUGACGUUCAGGCCCAUAGCUUGAAUAUCCGACAACAUGCACGCAUUCAGAGGAUUUUCUCCAAGAAAAAUCUUAGUAUCUUGCUUCGUGUGUUCUCUAGAAUUCUUAGAAUAUAUCGCCUGUUCAACAGGUGCGAUUGCUUACAACUUGGGUAAAAGCACAGAGCAUUUAAAGCAUUUUAAUCUAAUUGUGGAUCUGAUUAAACUAAAACCCACGCA